UAAAUAAACGAGAAAAUAUUAAAACCCAAAACACUCAGUACAUAUUUCUUGUCCCACACUCGUGUCCUUGUAUUUGCUUAAAUUUUGGUAUUUCAAAGAUCGCUUUCCCUCGUGAUUCGAUACUUGCUAACCGUUACAUUCUCACGCAAGGAGUGCCGGGCUGCACAUCCCUAAAGGAAAAGACUUCCUUUUUGUUGCGAGCGGACUCUGACUGGGAUUUAGAUUCGUACUCGGCUAGCUGAAAUAAAGCUAGCAUUGAAAUGACAGUGCCAAGAUGUCGAUAUCAAAAUUAUUCGUGAAAGUGUUCAACGAGGAUAUAUUUGCACAGGUGGACCACGACAAUCUGUAUUCGGACUUAGAUGAUGAUUUGGAGGGAGCAAAUUGCUCGACGGUGCCGGAACCCCGGCCCGCAAAACUCGCCGAUUUGUCCGUGACCAAGCAAAUGCUCAUUGUGCGAACAUGGCUAGAUGACAAGUUCCAGCAAAUCCAGACGGACAGCAAUGAGGAGAUUCGGCGCCUUUACAUGGAAACGGAGAGCCGUAUUGGACCGGAUCUGACAAUAUUUGAUGUAGACUAUACGACCACGGUGCGAGUGUCCUCGGAUCGCCUGGCCCUGCGCUCCCAAGGAAGCUUUAAUACUGUUCGGGCGAAUUGUUGCGUGUACGGCGGUCGCUGGAUGUAUGAGAUCCACCUUCACACCAAAGGUGUCAUGCAGAUUGGCUGGUGCUCGAACUCAUGUCAGUUUAAUGAAAACAGUGGAGUUGGCGAUACCAAGUAUAGUUACGGAUACGAUGGUAGCAAGCAGCAGAUAUGGCAUAUAUCCACCAAGAAGUAUGGCGACAAAUGGCAAAUCGGCGACGUGAUUGGGGUGACCAUCGAUGUGGAUAAGGAAAUAAUCGAGUACUUCCGAAAUGGACGUUCGAUGGGAGUGGCCUUCAACAAACUGGAGAAAGGUCCGGGUGUAACCUUCUUUGCCUCCAUUUCGCUGGGCUACACUCAGGGUAUCGAGGCCAACUUUGGCAAUCGUCCGUUCAUGUACCCGGUAAUGGGCUUUCAACCGCUAAUGGCACGGCCCAUCCUGAAGCUACGGCGAGCCAAUUUGCUAAUGAACUACCUGAUAAACCUGGCUGGUAUUUUCUCAAAGUACAAUGCCCAGUAUGAAACGGCGUCGACGACAAAUGGGGAGGCUCGCGUUUCAACUAAGAAAACGGUGUAUUGUAUUUUUGCCACCUUGUUGAUCGAGAAGUUUACCAACGAGAUAUUCGAUCCUUACAUUAUCGAAGACGUGCUGCUUAACAGGAUUUCGUGCCUAACAACUCUGGCGACAGAGAAGGAGAACAAACACAGUGUGCUUCAGGGGUUGUUGUCCCUCUUCUGGAAUUACAUGGAGGGUGACGAAGUCAAGUUUGUCCUGCGCAAGCUGGUCAACGCUUUGCUGGGCAGCUAUUCGCAUACCAUCCAGGGCCUGGACUAUGAGAAGCACCGCCAGACUCUCGGUAUGCUGCACUGUCUCUGCCGGCACGAGCAGACCAGGAAGUAUCUGCUGGAUGGAAAGCUGUUCAGAAAGCACUGCUUGGCCUUUUUCCUCUACAUCCCUCCGUUGGAGUUCUACAUUAUGCAAGAGCUGCUGCCUGACAGCAUGGCCUGGACGGAGGGAAUUGAUGGACCAAAGGAUAAAUAUCUCACUGUUGUGGAAAAGGUGCGCAAGAUCACGGAGCCCCUUUAUGUGGCGCAAAAGGACCUUCUAUCCACGCUUCUGAUAAACUCGGAUGGAUCGCGUGAAAGUCCGUCGAGCCGUUCGAUCUUCCUGUCCAAAAUGCGUCGCUAUGUAAUUGAUCUCAGCAUGGAGCAAAGGCCCUUCCAUGCCUUUUUCUUCAUGCAGUCGAGCAUUCAGCAUCCACUGGAUGCGCGAGUGGCCCUCGCCUUCCUCAGCAUUCUUAUUGAUCAGACGCGUUCCAUGUUUAAGGAUGAAAUGCCCAGUAAGAAUGUGGAGGUGAAUACUGAUUAUUUCAUCGAUGGCACCUUUGAUUAUAUGCACUUUGAUCGCGUUGGUGGAGUGUUGUCCCAUUUAAGAAAAGUCCAUCGCGGUGACAUCGACGCCAGGUUAGGAGCUGCUCGCGCUCAGCAAAUUUAUGAUGAUGAUCGGCAGAACUUGCGGGUCAAUGAAGUCGAUACCACCCUUUACCUGUUGGGUGAGAACAUCAACAAUGUUGCGGUAGUUGGGCACACCCAAGGAGCAAGCAAUUCAACCUACACUCACUUCCUGAACGCAAGACCUAACGGCAGUACCGAAUCCGCUCCGGGCAAUGCGGAUAUGGAGGCCAGUCUCUGCGAGCUCCUGGAUCUUUGCAUCAUCUUUUAUUACUCGGCGGGUCACAAAUAUAUUGUGAAGAUUGCAACCGUGCGGGAUGAGAUCGCUGCUCUGAACGAAGUGCUCAAGGAAACGAAGUUCUACCGCGAGGACAUAGAGCGUAAGCUGGUGGCCCUGGAACAGCAUGCCAAUGUCUGCAUGAAUGAAAACCACCAGCAUGUGAUGGGCGAGCUAAGGUCCAAGUUCAGUCAACGCCAGAAUGUCUUUGCGACACGCUCAAUAACUCUUUCAAGGAAGCAAAUCUGGUUGAGAGGAGUGGCUUUAAAUGGACAUAGACGAUCCCUGCUUAUCUGGCUAGUAGAGCGGAUGUUGCGAACUAUGACGACCGCUUCAAACGCUGGUUCUUUGUUCUCGUUUGUACCUGAGGUGUAUGUGAAUACACUGCCUAUUAUUCUGGACGCCGUGAUGGACUUCAGUCACCAUGAUUUGAAGGCCCAAUUCGAAGCUUCAGAUGCGGAAUGCGCGGUCAACUCGGCAGCCGAAUUUCUGGGCAUUCACUCCGCUGAUCCGCGAAUUGUGCUUGCAUCUUGCAAGGACUCACUUCUGCAGGCUCUAGGCACACUCACCUGCCACAAAUCCGGAGUGCGAGCCUUGGAGCGAACUUCUAAAAGAGCGCAGGCUUGUCUGGUUCGAGCACUACUGCGUCCCUAUGAGAACCGAGCUUGGGGCCAGAGCAACUGGCUGCUGUUGCGUUUUUGGAUGGGCGAGGGCUAUGCCUAUAAGGAUUCUCGCCAACCUUCCGUGUGGCAAGGUGGUUCUUUGCCUCUGCACCAGGGACUCUGCCGCAGUCGCUCCAGAAACGAGACGCACACGGGACUGCUUCACAACGUGGCUCCAGCUAAUCCCUCGAAGCACUUUCAGCGGCUUAUUGGUGCCAAGUUAGUAGAGGAUGAGCCCUUUGCCACCGCCUUUCUUAACUCGGUGUUAAGUCAACUAAACUGGGCCUUCUCUGAAUUUAUUUUGCUGCUGCAGGAGAUACAAAACACAGCUCAGAGGCAGGAAAACACUCUGUUCGAGCCCAAGCAACUUAAGAUUUGUUCAAUGUGUUUCGAGCUCACAGUUUCACUGAUGCGUUGCCUUGAGAUGAUCAUCACAUCGGCGCCUGAAGUGGUCACGGAUGCAUCUCGCCCAAACAGCGAUCUGCUGCUAAACCGCAUCUGUCAACUUAUCAGCCAGGUUCUUUCCCGCGUAACAGUGCCACCGGGUUGCUUCCAGUUUGUGGUGGACAUGUGCUCGGCGGACCUGAAUGCAGUUACCCACUAUCCCAUUGUGACCGCUGCCCUAGGAAUACUGCUGGCCCUCAUGCAGGAGGAGAUGGAGAGCGAUAUGAGGCCGCAGAUUGUGACCCGGGUGUCGCGCGCCUUCCUCACCGAUCCGAGCUUCCAGUUCGCCACACUGGAGUUCGCACUGGGAGAAAUACGAACGCCUUUGCUGGAGCAGAAGAAUAUUCCCCGAGGUAACUUCGAUCCCUCUUCCAGGCCGCACAUCGAUCCGCUGACCAACGAUGUGCGAGUGCCUUUACCAAACAAUUCCAAGCGUAUUCGGGCCGAUCCGCCAAUCUUAAAGUUUGCCUUAAAUGAUUUUCCCUCUCAUGUGUCCUCUGAGGAGAUCGACAACGUGCGUAGGCUUAUUGAAAGUUUACGCGUAAAGCAGACUUUGCUAUCGGACAUAACACUGCCAUCGGAGGACUCGCUGUGUCCCAUUUGUUGCGCCAAGCCAAUCACUGCCGUGUUCACGCCCUGCAAGCAUCAAUCCUGCAGCGACUGCAUCAUGCAGCACAUGAUGAACUCCAAGGUGUGUUUCUACUGCAAGACCACCAUUCAAACCAUUGAGACUCUGGAUGGCACGCUGAUCUAUUCCAACGAGGAAUCAGUUCAGUCGCCGAUGGCGGAGACGGCCUAAAGGAAACCCACCGAAAGCGAUUAAGGAAAUAUUCCUUUCGCAAGCCCUACCAAGUCUAGUCAAUCUUGAAAACAAACUUCUACGCUUUAAGUGUAUAUAUAUACAUAUAUUUAGGUACAUUUACUCGUGUCGUUUCGUAAAAUUUUUAUUUGAGUUGUAUGCUUGCCAUUAUAAGUUCAGAUGUGAUAUGCCAAAAGUGCAAUGUAAAGAGUUGAAAAUAAGCAAAAAUUAAGUAUUAGCCAGAUUACAAAUUCAAAAUAUAUAUUAACUAGCACAAUA